AGAUGCCAUAACUUUCGAUACAGGGACUGGAUCGGCUGAAGUCCGGCUGAAGUCGGACUUCAAAAUGGGAAAGCAUAAAUCAUCUCUUCAAGAUGAAAUCCUGGUGGGUUUUAUGAAAGACAACCCGGACUUGGCAAAAGGAUUUGUGAAGGGCGACCGAGUUGUUGUCGAUGCCAAGUGGGCAGAGCUUUGCGGCGCUCUCAAUGCUGUUGGGCCGCCAAUCAAGGACGCAUUGGGUUGGAAAAAGGUUUGGGCAGAUUGGAAAACGAACAUCCGCAAGAAGAUGGCGAAAAACAAAUCAGAAACUCGAGCUACAGGUGGAGGGCCCUUCGCUCAGCAAUCGCUUGGGGAAUUGGAGGAGGAAGUGGCCAAGCUAUGUGGCCUCUACGAAAUGGUGGAAGGAGUAGGUGGCCUAGCGUAUGGACUUCCCCCCCGUACGACCAAGGCGGCCGACACUGGGGUUAAGUGCGUGAUGGAAGACCCCAUUGAGGAGGAACCCUUAGAGAAGGACGAACCCUCAGAGAAGGAGGAGCCCAUGGCGAAGCGCCGUCGAACUAGACCAGUGCAGACCAUGGACCUCAACGAUCUCUGCGCUGCUCAGCUGGAUGAAAUGUCGGCAAUUUCCAAGAAAAUUUCGGAACAUUUCGAACGAAUGGAAUCGUUAGAGAAGAAGAAGCUCGAGGUCCAAAAGGCACUUGUAGACAAAUUUAGCCAAAUUUUGGACAAAUUUGCGAAAUAAUUAGUUUCCUAUUAGUUUUUUUGUGAAACUUAGCUUUAUUAGUUAUAAAGAAUAUCGAAUGAC